AAUCUUUGCAUUUUUAGCUUGACAUGACGGAAAGACAGUCGUGUCUUUAGUUAAAGAAAAUCAAGUUUCAAAUUUAUAGUGUAAUCUAAAAUAAUUAAAUGUUUUUGAAUAAAAUUGGUCAAUUUACAACACGGCAUUGCAAAAAUAAUAACAUAAUAUAACACAGCUGUUUUCCAUUAUAGUGAUAGAAAUCAUCUUCAAAUAUCUGGUGUACAAAGUAUUGGUGAAAUUGCGGUAAAAGUGUUAUUUGUUAAUAAAAAUGAAUAACGAAGAAAACAAAGAUAUGGCACACCGACAGCAUGUUAAAUAUUUUAUGAGAUUUUUGAAUAUUUUGCCUCCAUCCUUGUCUUCGCAUGAUACUACCAGGGUAACCAUAGCAUAUUUCUCUGUGGCUGGGCUGGAUGUGCUUGGAUCUAUAUCUUCCAUGUCAUUAGAACUCCGUUCAAGAAUCAUUGAUUGGCUGUACAGGUUACAAGUACAUCCCUAUAAGGAAACGGGAAACAUGUCGAUAUGCGGAUUCCAGGGAUCAUCGACGAUAAACAUGGAUUUAGAAGUGACUGACUCAAUGUGCCACUAUCGUUGUGGUCAUUUGGCGAUGACUUACACUGGACUCUGUAUAUUGCUGGCCCUGGGCGACGACCUGUCCAGGCUAAACAGGAAAGCUAUCGUCGAAGGAGUAAAGGCGUUACAGACAGUUGAAGGCAACUUCGCAGCGACGCUGUCGGGCUGCGAGUCGGACAUGCGCUUCGUGUACUGCGCCGCGUGCAUCAGCUACAUACUCAACGACUGGUCCGGCUUCGACAUAGAGAAAGCCACAGAUUAUAUAUUGAGGUCAAUUAAUUACGACUACGGCAUCGCACAAUGUCCCGAAUUAGAGUCCCACGGCGGCACAACAUUCUGUGCACUGGCAACACUCGCGCUCACCGACCAAAUGCACAGACUAUCCGAACAACAAGUGGAAGGUCUGAAACGCUGGCUCUUGUUCCGACAAAUCGACGGGUUUCAGGGUAGACCGAACAAACCAGUCGACACGUGUUACAGUUUCUGGGUAGGUGCUUCGUUGAAAAUAUUAGACGCGUUACAAUAUUCGAACUAUGGUAGCAACAGACGGUACGUAUACGAAACUCAGGAUACCGUUGUGGGCGGCUUUUCAAAAUGGCCCGACACCUGCACGGAUCCAAUGCACACAUAUUUAGGUUUAGCCGGCUUAAGUCUUAUCGGUGAGAAUGGUCUGCUAGAAAUUGAGCCCACAUUGAAUAUUACCAAGCGGGCUCAUACGCAUCUGAAAAAGCCUCCACCAGCAAUGGGCCGAGUCAUAGCUCAGUAAGGCUUUUAUGAUUUACCUCGUUUCACAAAGAUUAACGUUUAGUUUACAUAUUUAUUAACGGGUACGAGUUGGUGCUUUGAGUGUGUUAGUCGAAAUUGUUCCAGUGUCGGUGACCGUUUUACCAUCUCGAUAAUGAAUAUUGUUUUUGUGUACAACGCGUUUUAUCCCCUCUCAGGUAGGCGGAGGCGCAACCACUGCACUAAAUUUUCGCCGCGUGUACUUCCAUUUUAUGUUGUGAUAGUGGCGAGCCUAUCGCCAUAUUCUGCACAAAUUCCUGACUCCAGUCUUAUACUGGGCAGAAAAUCUAAUAUCACUUUUCCCGGCCCAGGAUUCGAAUCCAAGACCUCAUAUCGGUAGUGGUAUCGAGUACGCGAUACAACUACGCCACUGAGGCAGUCAGGCAUUAUUAUUGUAGACUUCGAUCGGUCGUAAAACUAUGCCAAAUAUUUUUACAAUGUACGUAUAGGUCGGAUUUCAUAUACCGUCGACUUUAUAUUGGGCCGGGUUAAACUGUUUUGUUAUUAUUGUAUCGAAUGGAACUGCUAUACAAUUAAAUGCCACAAAAUACGGUCAUCGAACAGUGCUGUGCGCGUACCAAAGUGUGUAUCCUAAGUUAAUAGUUACCCACUGUAAACUAUUUUAGUUUCGAAAUGUUUAUACAAAAAUAAAUUAUAUGGCAUAAUUUUGAAUUGAACUUUUUAGUACUUAGCAUAUUUUCUAUGAAUAAAUAGGUGCUAGCUAGGUAAUUUGUACCUAACCGUAUGAAAUAAGCAACAACGAUUUAUAUAUUUUUCUUCUAUCGUGUAGUACAAUAAUGAAGUGUCGUGCCAUGUGGGUAGCCCUAAAUGUACUGUGUUGCUAGUUGAAAAAUAUAAUUUAUAUCCACCAGUGGCGAAGGGAGAAAUUUUACAAAGGGAACCUGACAAUACUAUAAAGGCACUAAUAUGUAUAAAAGCGGUCUGCAAAUCGUUCUAAUGAUAAUUAGAUUUCAUGCUAGUUACGAAAGGCAAGUCGGUAGGAUUCGGGUUAUUUGGACGCUUCGGCACUGUUUUAAAAUAGUUUUUUCCAUUAACAAAUCUUGAGUAUAAAUGAUCACAUUUGACAAAGAGGCUCAUGUCCUAUGUUAGGAGGCAUCCUAUCGUAUGGAUAGAUAGAAAAUCCUAUCUUUAAUCCUAUGGCCAGAUACUUUAACCCGUCGUCAAAAAAAAAUCAUAUUCCCUAUUUAUCCCCACCGAUAACGAUAAUUAAGUUAUUUUUAUUUUAUUUGUAACAGUUAUGUAUGUUCAAGUACUCCCCUUCAAGCUUGCCAUGGAUCAUAUUAGGAAAUUUAUGUAUUUAAAAAUCAAGUCUUCCUUUUUAAUUAUGCCGAAUUUGACCAAAAGGUGAAGGUUAUUUUCGAUUGUAUUUUACUACUAGCAACACUCGGCAGUGAGUCUGGGUCAGUAGUUAGACGUGUAUCAAAUUAUUGCACAAAUUAUAAAUAUAAUCAUAAGGCAUUUUUUAAGAAAAAUAGAAACAGGUUUUGAUUACGCCUUUUUAUAUUUUUUUUGUAUUGAAUUGUGUAUUUUUAUUAUAUUGUAGCUGCGCCAAACUUGACUUAAUUGGGGUAUGAAUGAAAUUCUCACUCAGUAGAAAAAAACAUAACAUAUUAUUAAGCUCCAUAAGUCGAAGUUGAUUGAUUAAAAUGCUUUUGUUUAGUACUCAGGCGAAUAAUGUAACACCUCAUAAUAGAACAACAUAUUUUUAUUUUACUGAAAAUCUAUGGAGGGUGUAGGAAAGGAGCAUCAUCUUGUAUGGAGGACAAGUUGAAAAAGUGUUUAGCGCCAAGCUGCUAAUUAUAACUCAAAAAUCCACCACAACAGCGCUAGCGUAGCAAGCGGGUAUGAUUUUGGCGUCACCUUAAUUUGGUGCUAUUCGACGGAUACUCUUUCAUACACAAGAAGGUUGGUUCUCUUUGUUUCUACCCUUCAUAUGUAAAACUCAGAGUACAGUGCCUUUGCUUCUGCAUUUAUUGGGCCAGAACAUGUCGCUACAAAUCUAACUGUCAGCGCCAUCUAUUAUUUGUGCCCUUUUUACAAGUUUAACUACGUGUCUAAAUAAAACCGCGGGAACCAGAAUGGUUAAUGCCUGUUUUUACUAACCAUUGCCAUAUUCGUUGAUCACUAUCAGAAAUGAUCAUGAUAGCUCAGUGUAACUGUUUUAUUGCACAAAAUGACUAUAAACCUUAUUUUGGUUACGCAAGUAUAUCUAUUUUGAUAAGUUCAAUGGUAGAAUCAUUCAGAAUUUGCACGGUUUAAUGUUUUACAUUUAUUUAAGCAUAAUUUGUUUAGUAAUGGUGAUGAAACCAAUCUGGUUCUCGCAUUACGAAUUAUACACAGACUGCCUAUCAGUGACGCUCAACAUUUUAUGAUAAUCUGACAUGAAAGCAAUAAUUAUCAAUGGAUGUAAUAAUAUUCUACGCAUCGAUGCGUAUAGCUAUUCAAAAUACUUGUUUCCAAAAGGGUUUAAUUUCAGUUUAUUAACAAGUAAUUUUUAUUGGCUUAAAAUAAAACUAUUUUACGGAUUUUAUUCGAUUCGAAAAAAAAACAUAAAAUCCGUAAAAUAGUUUUAUUUUAAUGUCUAACAUUCGCGUAAACAUAAGAAAUCAUUCAUUAGUCUUUUCAAUCUAGUUGGGACCUGUGCAUUGAAUGAUGAAGUUUUUCGAUAAAAUUUAAAUGUGUUGAUUUAAAUAAAACCUGCGAAAAAAGUCGGAAACUAUUUGGACUGAUAUUAAUUAUAAUUGGUAGGAAUGUGUAACUAUUAAUUAUAUGUAAUUUGAAU